AAAUGAUAGGCAGUCAAAGUACUAGAGUUCGCGCGCAUGUUUGAGAAGCGUGCCCGUGUUGUCAGUUACAAUGAUGUAUGCUGGUUCCGUCCCCCCGCGAUCACGUCAAAGCCAGUGACGGCCGGGCAUUCAUACUGAAGCAGAAUUCAUAAUGAUAAAGUUGAUCAUUUUCGCUGAGUACGGGAGAAAGUACGUUGCGUUCGUGUGUAUUUCAAAGGGUGACGCAUGCGUCCCCCCGCAUACACCGGAUGAGUUCUGGGAAUUGCUUUUACAAGCCAUCAUCGUCUGGUAUCAAAGCACAAAGUGCCAUGACUUUUGGCAGUUCAUGUAUACCCCUUAGUCGACAAAAUUUGUGAAUGCUGUUGGAUUUCCACAACUGUUCAUCAUCAGUUUUCCGAGAUUUGUCCUUAUCUUCUCAGUUCCGACGACCUUCCAAGUUGCUGAGAAUGCAAUUGAGAUCUGUGGUGCUGUCCCGCCAACCACAUGAGAAAUGACAGUAAUUUAAGUCCGUGCAGGCGCAAACAGAAUGGUACAGUGGACCCUGGAGUUGGGGGCAGAGACUUGGCUUUCAGUGUUAUUCAGGCGGUAGCUAUCUGCAUCUUCGCCCUCCUGACCGUGUGUGGAAACACUCUCAUCAUCCUCGGCAUCAUCAGGUUCCGCGUACUGCAGACCAUCACCUCGGCUUUCAUCCUGAAUUUGGCCGUUGUGGACUUCUUGGUAGGAGUCACCCUGAUGCCGGUGGCGCUGAUCACCUGCAUUAAGCAGGAGUGGAUCCUCGGAAAUGUCUUCUGCAAGAUCAGCGGGGUGAUCAACAUGCUCUUCUCCGUGGCCAGUAUCUCCACCCUGUCGGUCAUCGCUAUAGACCGGUACUGCGCCAUCAUCAGACCCUUGAAGUAUGCCUCUUUCAUGACCAGGCGCACCGUGGCCGUGUUCCUGGUCUGGGUCUGGGGACAGAGCCUCUUGAUCGCUCUACUCCCUCUGGCCCCGUGGUCCGAAUACAGAUACGAUUCAAGCGAACUCCUGUGCCUGAUCGCUUGGGGAUCCACUCACUUCUCCUUCGCAACCUUGUGCCUCUUUGUUUGCAUUAUCGUACCCCUUGGGAUCAUGUUCUUCUGCUACUACCACAUCCUGAAAGUAGCACGGCACCACUCUCGGAGGGUCAACGCCCUCAAGACAAUUUCAAUGAAUUCCUUGGCCAGUAACCACACCCUGGCAGAUUCAGACGCGACAGGAGCGUCGGGCACGAGUGGCGACACGCGGCUCGCGAUCGAGAGCCAAUCCCACCGUUGCCACCAACCGAAGAAGCCCAAGAAGGUGUGCGGGGCCAUCCACGUUGCCUCGCGGGAGAAUAAAUCGACGGCCAUGAUGAUGAUGGUGGUAGGGACAUUUAUCCUUGCCUGGUUGCCGUAUAUAACAGGGGCUCUCUGCAAAGUGAUAGCCAGUGAGUGCUUGUGGCCGAAAAGUUAUUUCACCGUCUGUGUGCUAGUGGCCAUGUUGCAAUCUUCGCUGAAUCCUAUCAUAUACGGCGUAAUGGAUCGCCGUUUUCGCGGAGCUAUGAAGGCUAUCGUCAUGUGUUCCAAACGUGCUGCUGUUGACUGCGAUGGAUAACACGCAUCGUUCAACAACUGCACUCUAACAACUAUUCUCCAUUGUAGCGGUUAGUGCGCAAAUUCUCAGCAAAGAAAACUUGCAUUUAUUGAAGAGCAAACAUGAACCACUUCGUUUUGUUUUAGUUAGUGAGACUUCAGAAACAUACAGGCGUUUUCAGAACAGGUACGACAGAGCAAACCACACUCUGUUUAUUUAUGUACAUUUAUAAUGUAUGUUUACUUACUUUUACUUACUUUACUUUAGCAAUUUUCAUUCUUGAAUUUCAGCAGUAACUCAAGAAGCGACAAGUAUUCAGUUUCUAAGUUAACACUUUAACAAAGUUUAUUAUAGUGAUAUCGGAAUAGCACGCUGUACUAAGAUUGUUACAACACUUUUCAUUUUAUGUAAAAAAAGAUGAACACAUUGAGCAAUAAGUUUCAAUUAAAUCUCAUCCCAAUUUUCAGAAACAGAACAGCAGCGAAAAUUGUACCUGAAUAAAUUAAGAUAAGCAGGAAUAGACAGUGAAAUUAUUCUAACAUCUCCAGGCCAUUGGGUCGGAUUUACUUGCAUAUUUGCGGUCGGUGCAGCUCUUUAAUGAUAUGAUAUUUUGGAACAAAAUAAUUAUUAAACACGGGGGGGUAUUGCCAGUUGUGUAACAUGUUAUUUUCCAUGACUACUAGAAAAAUGCACCAUCGUUUGAAAGAGAAAGUCAUUGCAUUGCAGCAACUGAAUGAUGACUGUAGCUCUAUCUGUAAGUGUUAUAAUUUUGAAAGGAAAAAACCUGCCGGGAAACAGUACAACUCUAAGAUGUGUAGGUACGGAAAUAGCUUGUUAUUCAAUCGUUGUUUACUUUUCCUGGUGAAAAGCAGAUGGCCUUACCAACAGAAAACAAUAGAUACUCGAGAUGAGAGGUUUGUGUGUUUCUUUGUACAAAACUGAUAAUUGAGCUUGUUGUACGGGACGAUCGUGACGUUGAUACCCCACGGGUUCGCGCAGUAGAGAUUAUUGUUGGAAUGAAGUGACUGAAAGUAGCGAAAUUGAGUCGAAUAAACUCAAAAUGUAUACGUUCUUCGAGGGUUA